AUAAACACACAACCCCCUCCCCCUCCACCCCCACAGACAGACGCAAGCCAUGAAUUCAUCACUUCUAAAAACAUCACCUUUCAUCCAUUACCCUCUUUUCCCAUCUUCAAGAAUCUCAAAACAUAACAAAUUUCCCCCAUCUUUUUAUUAUCAAAAUAGGACUGCUCAGUGGGGGACCUCGGUUAUCCAAAUUUCAAAUUCCAAGAUUUUCAACACAAGUGUUUAUCCAAAGAAACCCAUUGAUAUUGAAGCUCAAAAUGAAGAACCCUCCAAGGAUUUGUUAAAAAGAUUUUAUCUUGAUAAGUUUAAGGGUGUAAUUAGAUGUGGAUUAAUUAUGGGGUUGUUCGUUUUGGGGCUAAUUAGAUGUCAAAAUGUUUUGGCAAUGGAAAGUGGUAGUGUUUUUGCGCAAAAGAUGAAGGCUUUUUGGAAUGGGGGAAAGUUUUCGCAGGUUCUUCAGGUUUUUAGAGAGCAAGGUUUAAUAUUGGCUGGACUUUUGGGAUUGUCUGCUUUCUUUUCCAUGGCUGAGACUUCAAUUACCACUCUUUCACCUUGGAAGAUAAGAGAGCUGGCUGAAAAAGAAGGAGAAAAUGGUGUGUUCAAGCUGCUUCGUACAGAUAUCACUCGUUUUCUCACUACCAUUCUCAUUGGCACAACCGUUGUCAACAUUGGAGCCACUGCACUUUUCACUGAGGCAGCAACAACGGUUUUUGGCGAAGCUGGUGUUGGUGCAGCAACGGGUGUUAUGACGGUGGUUGUUUUACUUCUGACUGAAAUCACUCCCAAAAGUAUAGCUGUUCAUAAUGCUACUGCGGUUGCUAGGGCUGUGGUCCGUCCAGUUGCAUGGCUAUCUUUGGUUCUAUAUCCGGUGGGAAGAGUUGUAACUUUUCUAUCAAUGGGAAUGCUUAAAAUUCUUGGCUUGAAAGGAAAAAGUGAACCAUCUGUGACUGAAGAUGAACUCAAGUUGAUGUUGAGGGUUGCUGAGCUAAGUGGAGCCAUUGAGGAAGAAGAGCAGGAUAUGAUUGAGAAUGUGUUGGAGAUAAAAGACACUCAUGUGAAGGAGGUUAUGACCCCUCUUGUAGAUGUAGUUGCAGUUGAUGUCGGUGCAACAUUAGUUGAUUUUCAUCACUUGUGGGUGACACAUCAAUAUUCUAGGGUACCAGUAUUUGAGCAGCGAAUCGAUAACAUCGUGGGUAUAGCUUAUGCAAUGGAUUUGCUGGAGCUUGUUAGAAAGGGAGACAUGCUAGAAAGUGCAGUGGUAGGAGAUAUUGCUCACAAGCCUGCAUAUUUUAUUCCUGACUCAAUGUUAGUCUGGAAUCUUUUGAGGGAAUUCCGCAUCAGGAAGGUCCACAUGGCAGUUGUUCUUAAUGAAUAUGGAGGAACUGUGGGAAUUGUAACGCUGGAAGAUCUAGUAGAGGAAAUUGUUGGUGAAAUCUUUGAUGAGAAUGACUCAAAGGAAGAAAUCGAGAGAAAAACUGGAAAUAUAGUGAAGCGAGCUGAGGGAGUCUUUGAUGUUGAUGCAAAUACAUCAAUAUACCAGCUCUGUGAAGAUCUAGAUAUCGUAUUGCCAGAGGAUCAUCAAUACGAAACAGUUUCAGGUUUUAUUUGUGAAGCAUUUGGAUAUAUACCAAGAACAGGUGAAAGUAUUAAAGUAUUUUUGAAGAAAGCAAAAGAAGAUGAUGAUGACAAUGACGAGAGAAAACAAGAAACCAAGGGCUAUGAACAGAAAGAUACGUCUCAAACAUUCAAGCUCGGGAUAUUGGCAGGAAAUUGUAGAAAAGUUAGUACUGUGAGAUUCGAAAGAAUAAACAAUAAUUCAGGAAAAGAAAUCAAAGAAGCUGUCCGAAUAGUGCCCAGAUUUUGGAAAAAGAAAUGGAAAAAUGAUGAAAGCUCAGGCAGUGGCGAUGAUGAGCCUAAGAUCACCUUCUCCUCUGAGCGCAUCUUAUUGGAAGAUAAACAAUGAUCAAGGUUUUCGAGGUUUUGCUUUCUCUGUGUGUAAGUUCAGUCCAAGAGAGAGAGAAUCUUGAAAACAUGCUCUUGUUGAGGCUGUAGUUGUGCUGUGUAAGUUCAUCUCAGGGUGCAUCAACAAGGUCACUUGUGGCUCAUACCGAUUUGUUUGACUCAAUGAUUCAGGCCCGGGAAACAAUUUUAAAAGCUCCAUCUCUUGUCUCUUCUCCCUCAUUUUCUGCAGCUGCCUGAAUCUUUCUUGCAGGAGAGCUAUAGAUGAAGCACUACCAUCACCACCACUUGCUGCCAUUGAGUUGCCACCUUGCCUUCCCAUAUAAUGAAGAGCCAAUAUUAAUACUAAUGUUUUUUGUAUGUGGGGGUAUUUUGAGAUUCUUGCACAGGUGUGUCUUAUAUUCUAACAUAAGUGUAUUUAGUAUUGAUAUUUAAGAGAAUGAGCCACCGUUUGUUGAUUUGGUGUGACGUCAUUGGGGUCUAGAAUCGGCAUGCCGAGCACAAGAUCCAAGGGGAAAGGAGAUGUGCGAAGGCAAAAGGACUUUUUGAAGGAGAGAAAAGGUGAGAAUGUGAGUCCAAAGACCAUUUGGAAGGUUGCAUUUGUGAGAAUAUAAGGUUAGGUUUGAUGCUGUGGUCAGGUUUUGUAUUUCUCGAAUGCUUUUAAAAGCUUUGUAAAAUAUGCAUGUAUGUUUCGUCUCUUCUUUAUGUAGUUUCUGCAUUUCCUUUUGGCACGAAA